CGCGGGCGCCAUGUUGCGAGCCGUACGCCGGCGAUGGGAUGCUUACAAGUACCGCUUUGUUCCUUGGCUGGCCCUCAACCUCCGCCGCAAGCGCAGGUGAGGCCAGGACCCUCCGAUAUGUUCCCAAAAGCUCCCAAGACAAAAUUAUCUCUGAUGAAGAUGUCUUUGAAACACUACUAAAAAUAUUUAAAGCUCUGUUCAUAAAUGACUUCAGUAGACAAGCACAUAUUUUGGCCUUACUUCCAGAAAUCAAAUGUAAAUAUCUGGAAUUACUUACUGUUGAGCAGAAGCGAUCAAAAGUAAAUUCUUGUAACCAUCAGAGUCAACAUGUGUUUAGUCCAGAGGAAGUUAUGUUUAAUACACUAGGGUUCAGUAUUACUCGAGAUCGAAGUUCCCUGGUGUCUGCUGGAACUGGAGUCUUUGUUACCAAAGGUUUUGUACCGAAAGGGACGGUUGUAUCUAUGUAUCCUGGUACAGUAUACAGAAAGCAUGAGCCCAUCUUUUUCCAGUCCCUUGGCAAUCCCUUUAUUUUUAGGUGCAUAGAUGGCGUCCUUAUUGAUGGGAAUGAUAAAGGACUAUCAAGAUCAGUGUACAGGUCUUGCAGCAGGAGAGAUCAACUUGGUCCAUUUCAAAUGAGCGAUGAGAGCUGGCUUACAGCUGCCCUACAAAACCCACUGGCGGUGGGACAGUAUGUCAACAACUGCUCACACGAAAAAGCAGCCAACGUGUGUUAUCAGGAGUUUGAUGUGCCGGCAUAUUUUCCAGUAGAACUGAAACAGUAUCUUCCAAACAUCGUCUACAGCCAUGACAUAGAGAGCCACCCGAGGUGUGUAGUGCUUGUCACUCUCAGAGACAUCAAACAAGGAGAAGAACUUUUUUCUAAUUACUACACGGUUGUCAGCUGAAUUAAUAGAUUCAAGACUGAAGAAAUCUAUGUCAUUAAAAUACUUACUCUGUGUGUACCUCAAGCUUCAUGAGCAUUUUGGCAUAAUAAAGGGCUGUAGCUUUACCAUUUAGAAAGCAAGCUGCAGGCUUGUAUUUCCCUGAAAAUACUGCACUUUUGAUGUAGAGGUGAAGGUUUAACUGUUUACAUCAUUAGGUUCCCGGCUGUCUACUGGUAUUACAGAUAUUACUGCCUAAUGCUGUUCAGCUGUCCGUACAAUAGCUCAUAAAAUAAAAACCUAAGUUCUGGACAUGUCAGUUAAUUUUCUAGUUUGCACAGUUGUCUGUUACUGUGGCUCAGUUUUAAUAUUUUACCAUUUCUCUUCUCGUGACACAAUUUGUAAAAAUGACUUCCCUCUUGUGAACUAUUCCUCAGAUAAUCCUCAUAGUUCAUGGUAAUUACUAGUUCUUGUUCUGGUUUUCUUGGAGUUGGUCCCUUUGGUCCCUGCUUCCUACCUACCCUGAAAGUAUUCCAGUGUAGCCAGUUGUCCAAAUCUUUCACAAAGCCAGUUUUGGAACAGUGCUAAUACGGACUUGAGAUGUGCCUGCAUGCUGCGCUGUCAUCAAGAGGCCAACUUGAGCCACUGGCUUUAGCUCUGCCUGUCUUGGGGCAGGAGGAAAGACGGUGUGUAUCCUGAAGCCCUGCCCAAUCCUAGUUUCAGUGGUUCAGUGGGAAGUUUCCUGGCAUGUGGCAACUUUCUCAAAGAGAAAGAACUUCAUGUUGCAGCGUAGCUGGAGGAAAUAAUGUCAACGAAGUGUGCAGUGCAUU